AUGAGGAAACAAGAAGCACAUGCCAAUGGUCGGUCACUCGAGCUCUGUCCAGCCCGUCGACACAUUUCCCUCCACCUGUCUCACGUCCAGGCCUGCACGGGUACUGCAGGUGUGCUGUGGAUGGCAAUACCCAUGAAGCACUUCUGCCUGGGAUUUGCAUACGGCGGCACCUCCUUCCCGUCUUCCGGAUCUGCCAUCGCUGCCGUCUGGGCCUUGGCCAAUCGGACCGAGCUCGUCGCUCCUGACAGCCCCAGAGCCAUCCCGCCCAAAAUCUGCAUCUGGGGUAGCUUCAUCCGACGCGUUCUCGACGCGACGGCGGCGCUCAGUCUGCUCGAGAUGGAAGAAUCCGCUGCAGCCUUGACCAGCGAAGACCUGCACCCAGGUUACUUGGAGCGCUCCAGGAGAGAGUUGCAAAAGAAGGUUGAGCAGCUGAAGCGAGCACUUGCAGAGGAGAAUGAGAAGUGCGCUGCAAUUGCACGGAGGAGCCAUGGGAAACAGAAUCCUAGUGGACAAAUCGGUACAAGCAAGCAAUUGCACGCCGUAGCUGGAGCCUACCGAGAUGUUGCUGCGUCGGAACCGUUCUUACCGUUCCCUGACUCUGUCGUGUCUGCACUCGUAGCUCUGCGUACCACGAAUUCGACAAUCACCGAAUCGAGGAAAUUCCUCGCUUCACAGAAACUGUCACUUCAAGAUGCCCAAGAAAGGCUGGAUGCUGAGAAGGCAAAUUUGUCAGAUCAAACAGCCCUGACCAAAGCGCUGGAGAAGCGAAUACAAUCACUACACGAGGGCAUUGAGUCGAGGUCGGCCAUGAGUCCCAAACAGGUUACCCGGGAACGGAUCUCAGAGCUCAAGAAGAGUAUCAAAGAGACCGAUGCCGAUACAUCCAAGCUGUUGAAGGCCCUGAAGAAAUUUAUCGAUGAGCAACUAGCCUUGAUGUUGGCCGCUGAGCAGAGCGGCGGCCCUGUGGCUGGUGACAUGAUGGAAAUCGACUCAGACGAUCUAGAAGCCGGCUUCAGCGCAAGGGGCAAGCGGAAGAAAUCCAAGCCAGACGCUGGCACGGACAAGAGGCAGCGGAGGAUUGACGACAUGUUUGAUGGCGGCCAAGAACGAGAAGGCAGGGACAACGAUGAGAGUGACAAGCGGGCUGCAGCCAGAGAAGAGAUGCAGAGACUCACGGAGGAGCUCAUGAAUAGCCUUAUGGAUUCUGGGAGUUCGAGCUCGGAUGCAUAUGUCCAUGUUUCUGACGAGUCGGCGGCCGUGCGAUUGCUUGUUCGAUCGAAGGUUGCCGAAUUCCAUCCAAGAGAUUCAAAGCGCCUGCGACUCGUGGACUUUGGCCGAGAGAUUGGCGAUUAG